UCGCUGACCUCUUUGUGAAUGGACAGGGCGCGUAUGCUAAUCGCACAUGACAUUGGCUGGGGUGUUGCGGCAUGUGCCCUCCCAUUUCUAGGACAUGUGUGGGAGAUGUUGUUCAUGUUCAGGGAAAUCCAUGCAUUCGCCUGCUUUAUAAACCCACCUGUGUGAUCUGCUAGAGCUCCAGACACAGAUCUCCUGCAGCCAGUGCCCCGGGUGAAGCAUGCAGCAGCACACACAGCACUGGAGACAAGCGCACAGCUCCUGAAUAAUAGGCUCUUUGUGUAAAGAGGGCAAGGAAUGAAAGCUGGGCUGAGCCGCUUAGCCUAGUACCUACUUCAGAUGCACCGGUUACUGAGAGGCAAAUGCUGGCCAUAGAAGUGCACAUCUUGGAUACCGAUCGUCUUCACGAGGCGAUAUGCAAGUCGGCUUAUCUCCGGAAAAUCGUGACUCUGGAGACAGUAACCGGGGACCUUGUUACCGUUAUACACAUUCUGAUUUCCCCCUUCAAACCUUGCUUGAUCUGCACUAUGCUGAGCUCGGCAAAUGUUUCUAAUUUUGCUGCUAGCACCAGUUGCCCGUGGAGCAGGACACCCUACAGCCUGCGGGCCCUGUGCUUUCUCUCUCUGCUGCUGGGACUCUGUCAGUCCGCGGAGAACAGGUGUUCCUCUUCGAAUGCAGCUACGUGUACAAAAUGCCUUGCUCUUGGCCCAGAAUGUGGAUGGUGUACUCAAGAGGAUUUUAUGGUGGAAUCAACAGAGAAUGAAAGGUGUGACACCGUACCGAAUCUGAAAUCCAAAGGGUGCAGACAAGAGUCAAUAGAACAUCCUUCAGUUCAAGUGCAGGUUCUCAGCACCAAGGACACAAGCAGCCAGGUCACUCCGUCAGAGGUUUCUGUUCACCUAAGACCAGGUGCAAAAGCAAAUUUCAUGUUACAAGUUCGCCAUCUAGAGAAAUACCCAGUAGAUCUUUAUUAUUUGGUUGAUGUCUCGGCUUCAAUGCGCAAAAGUAUUGAAAAACUCAAUUCCAUAGGAUUUGACUUGUCUCAAAAAAUGGCAAAUUUCACGAACGACAUCAGGUUUGGAUUUGGGUCAUUUGUGGAUAAACCUCUGUCGCCUUAUAUAAGUAUCCACCCACUAAGGAUUAAAAAUCAGUGCAGUGAUUUUCAUCUGCAUUGCAUGCCUCCUCAUGGAUUUAUCCACGUGCUGCCCUUAACAGACAAUAUUACCGAAUUCAAAAAUAUUGUUGGGAAGCAGAAAAUUUCCGGGAAUAUCGAUACGCCAGAAGGUGCGUUUGAUGCAAUGCUGCAGGCAGCUGUUUGCCAUAAAGAUAUUGGCUGGCGGAAAGAAGCGAAGCGUUUGCUUAUCGUUAUGACGGAUCAAACUUCUCACUUAGCACUUGAUAGCAAAUUAGCAGGCAUAGUGCUUCCUAACGAUGGAAAGUGCCACCUUAAAGACAAUGUUUACACAAGAUCUACAGAUAUGGAGCACCCAUCUUUAGGGUUACUUGGACAAAAAUUAGCCGACAACCAUGUCUUAGGGGUUUUUGCUGUGCAAGGAAGUCAGUACCACUGGUAUAAGGGUUUGUUGCCAUUGCUGCCAGGAACAAUAGCCAAGCAAUUGGACUCAACAGCAUCUAAUAUGAAGGAGUUGGUAGUCGAUGCAUAUCAGAAGCUACUUUCAGAAGUUCAGAUUCAAGUGGAUAAUCCUCUCCGAGGAGUGCACGUUAAUAUCACUGCUAUAUGUCCUGAUGGAAGCAGACACUCAGGAGCGGAAGGUUGUCAUGAUGUCAAAAGCAACGAUAAGGUGCUUUUUAAUGUAACCAUUACGAUGGAAACAUGUGAUGUAGUCGAGGGACAUAACUACAUUGUGCUUAAACCUAUUGGUUUCAAUGAAACCGUCCAUGUAAGGAUACAAAAAACAUGUACCUGUCAGUGCAACGACAUGUCGAAGGCCAAAGGACGAUGUGUCACGGAGGUUCCACCAGACUGUCACACGAUGCCAUGCAUUGAAGGCAACUGUACCCAGGAUGAGACGUAUCCCUCCGAAAGCUGCCGAGCAUCCCCGUCUCUGCCGGCGUGCAGUGGCCGAGGUGUAUGCUCGUGUGGAAAAUGCUUCUGCCACAAAACCAAACUGGGAAAAAUUUAUGGGAAAUACUGUGAAAUGGAUGACUUCUCCUGCCCAUACCAUUAUGGCAAAUUAUGUGCCGGUAACGGGGAAUGUGAAGAUGGCAAUUGUAGAUGCUUCGGUGGUUGGGAAGGUGAUCGCUGCCAAUGCACUACAUCAAAGAAACACUGUAUGGAUUCGAAUGGGCAGAUAUGCAGCGGAAGAGGGACAUGCACGUGUGGAAAAUGCGACUGCACAGACAGCAGAAGCUUCGGCAAUUUAUGUCAACACUGCUCUAGAUGUGGCAACACCUGCACUGACAACUGGAAUUACGAGAGCACCCAGGGAGCUUCCAAUGUUACAGCAGCUGCAAGAAUACAGUGCAAAACCAAAUGUAACACGUUGUUAUACUACAUAAACCAGACAACAGAAUGCUUCUCAGAUCCAUGGAUCAUCAAGAUUUUUCUUAUCAUCUUUGUUGUGACAUUUUUACUUGGCUUUAUCACUGUCCUCAUAAUUAGACAAGUACUUCUACAAUGCAAUAAAACCAUAGACAAGUCCUCUUCUGAUUACAGGGUUUCCAGAGUUAAGAAGGAUAAGCGAGUAUUGCACAGCAUCUAUGAAAAGACUGUUACAUAUACAAGCGAAAAACCUGAAGAUAUUCAUAUUCACAUCAAUAAACUGGGAGCACACGAAACGUACGAAACACACUACAAGUUUUAAAGAAGAUGCAUCACUCAACAGACCCCGCCAGCCGUCGGCCAUCACAUGGUUGGAUAUUACAUGUUACCAUUUUACUUUGGGGUCAUCGUUUAUAAUCUAGUAGCUGCUGUGACAGAUUCAGGUGCGAUAUACUACUGUUUGGUACCACUUUUGAAUGUAGCACUUUAUUUUUAGAUAUUUUUUUUUACUGUUUUUUGUAUGUAAAUAACAAAGCACUGGUUACACUUUAGUUAGAAUGUCU